AUGGCCGGACCUGGUUUCCACCCUCACCCCCCGUCGUUCGGACACCGAUUCUUGGCCAAGGGUCUCGGAGCUGGCAUGUGGUUCUUCAUCUUCUACCGAGCAAGGCAAGACGGAGCUGCUCUUCUGGGUCUCAAACAUCCUUGGGAUGGUCACGGCCACGGCCACGGGGAUGACGGCCACCACUAG